GUCACCCCACCGCCCGGCGCGGCCCCGGCCCGCGGCUCCCGGCAGCCGGCGCCCACUGACCGAGCCUGGCGCCCCAGGAGGGGGAAGAAAUAAAGAGCCCCAGUUCUUCCUGAGGACUGUUGGCGCUUCAUCCCACAACCGAGAGGGCUCAGCUCCCUCGCGCACCCGCCCGGCCCGGGUCCUCCCGGCUCGUCCCGGCCAUGGGGAGCUGCGCGCGGCUGCUGCUGCUAUGGGGCUGCUCGGCGGUGGCCGCAGGACUGAGUGGAGUAGUUGGAGUGAGUUCCCGCUGUGAAAAAGCCUGCAACCCUCGGAUGGGAAACUUGGCUUUAGGGAGAAAACUCUGGGCAGACACCACCUGUGGUCAGAACGCCACCGACCUGUACUGCUUCUAUAGUGAGAACGCUGAUCUGACUUGUCGGCAGCCCAAAUGUGACAAAUGCCAUGCUGCCCAGCCUCACUUGGCUCACUUGCCUGCCGCCAUGGCGGACUCAUCCUUCAGGUUUCCUCGCACGUGGUGGCAGUCUGCUGAGGAUGUGCACAGAGAAAAGAUCCAGUUAGACCUGGAAGCUGAAUUCUACUUCACUCAUCUAAUUAUGGUGUUCAAGUCCCCCAGGCCAGCAGCUAUGGUGCUGGACCGGUCCCAGGACUUUGGGAAGACAUGGAAGCCUUACAAGUACUUUGCAACUAACUGCUCAGCUACGUUUGGCCUGGAAGAUGAUGUCAUCAAGAAGGGAGCUAUUUGCACUUCGAGAUACUCCAAUCCUUUUCCAUGCACCGGAGGAGAGGUUAUUUUCCGAGCUUUGUCACCGCCAUACGAUGCCGAGAACCCUUACAGUGCCAAAGUGCAGGAGCAGCUGAAGAUUACCAACCUCCGCGUGCAGCUGCUAAAACGGCAGUCUUGUCCCUGUCAGAGAAAUGACCUGACUGCAAAGCCUCAACAUUUUACACAUUAUGCAAUCUAUGAUUUCAUUGUCAAGGGCAGCUGCUUCUGCAACGGCCAUGCUGAUCAAUGCGUACCUGUUGAUGGCUUCAGACCGGUCAAGGCCCCAGGAGCAUUCCACGUGGUCCAUGGAAAGUGUAUGUGUAAGCACAACACAGCAGGUACCCACUGCCAACACUGUGCACCAUUAUACAACGACCGCCCCUGGGAGGCAGCUGAUGGCAAAACAGGAUCUCCUAAAGAGUGCAGAACCUGCAAGUGCAAUGGGCAUUCGGAUGCCUGUCACUUUGACAUUAAUGUGUGGGAGGCAUCAGGUAAUCGUAGUGGUGGCGUCUGCAAUGACUGUCAGCACAACACAGAAGGUCAGCAUUGCCAGCGAUGUAAGCCAGGCUUCUACCGGGACCUCCGGAGACCCUUCUCUGCUCCAGAUGCUUGCAAAAUGUGUUCCUGUCAUCCAGUUGGAUCAGCUGUCCUUCCUUUCAACUCGGUGACCUUCUGUGACCCCAGCAAUGGUGACUGCCCUUGCAAGCCUGGGGUGGCAGGGCCACAUUGUGACAGGUGUAUGGUGGGGUACUGGGGCUUCGGAGACUACGGCUGCAGGCCCUGUGACUGCGCAGGGAGCUGUGACCCGCUCACAGGAGACUGCAUCAGCAGCAGCACAGACAUAGACUGGUAUCAAGAAAUUCCUGACUUCCAUUCCAUGCACAAUAAAAGCGAGCCAACCUGGGAGUGGGAGGAUGAGCAAGGAUUUUCUGCACUUCGACACUCAGGUAAAUGUGAAUGUAAAGAACAGGUGUUAGGAAACUCCAAGGCAUUCUGUGGAAUGAAAUAUUCAUAUGUGCUAAAAAUAAAGAUUUUAUCAGCUCAUGACAAAGGGUCUCAUGCCGAGGUCAAUGUGAAGAUAAAAAAAGUCUUAAAAUCUACCAAAUUGAAAAUUUUACGAGGAAAACGAACAUUAUAUCCAGAAUCGUGGACUAACAGAGGCUGCACUUGUCCAAUCCUCAAUCCUGUUCAAAAGCUAAGGCCAAAGAAAGCUGAUAAGAAAAUUCGGAAACCUUACACACCAACUAGCUUCCUCUGCUACUUUUUGAAAAGGAACAGUCUAAUUGACAACCCUGCAAAUUCAUUCAUUCCUACAUUCAUACAUACAUUUACUCAUUCAUCAACCAAUUUAGGAUAUCAAGACUAG